AGGUCUCAAUUCAUCAUUGCUCAUUGGGCAAUGCAAUCGAUUCCAUCAAGUGUCCCUCAAGCUUGUCUUAACGGCGAAGACGUACUUGAACAGUGCAAUAUACAAGGUAUUGAUAACGAUCAUGCAGCCUCAAAUGAGAAUGUAGAUGAGGACAAUUGUCUCAACAAUGUCGUCAAUUCCAAUCGUGAAAAUGAUGAGAUUAACAAUGAUGAAGAGAUUAAUAACGAUGAAGAUGAUUAUGAAGAUGGUGGCGAUGCUGGUAACGAUGUUGGUGAUGAUGAUGAUAAUGAUGACGAUGAAGAUGAUGACGAUGAUGACGAUGACGAUGAUGAUGAUGAUGACGACACAAAUGAGGGCAACGGUGGUGAUGAGAAAAAAAGGAGAUCGUUGAAGAAAGGUGAAAAAAAGGACAAGGGUUGGUGCAAACAAAUUUUACAAUUGGCACGUGAGUUUGAAUACCCGCACGUCGCCUUGCGUGUGCUGCAUAGGGAUGCAACGCCAAGUGGGUAUUUCCAGCAGGUAGCAAUUUCUGCUAUGUCUUCAAGUUGCAAAUAUGAGAAACAAUUUCAUGGUGCUGGGAAGUCUUGGUUCGUGUUUGUGAACAGUGAAGCAGCCAUCGCAAUGCUGUCACGAUGGAGUGACGAUAUUGGUUGUUUAGCGCAAGGUGCAGUGACACAAGCUUUGGGUGUUCGUUUACACCUAAAACUAUCAACUGCAAUUGAUAUCGUGUCCGCUGUAUCUCACAAGGGAGGAGUGAAAUUUCUUCCAUAAGUACAUCCAAAACCGUAGUAGGAGGAGGAUUACAAAACCAGUCAGAUACAACAAGAUACGUUUGGAUAAACUGCAGUUAAAAAU